CGGUCCGCUGCGCUGUCAAUGUGCACAUUUCAAGGGCAGUACUGUGUCUACUCUGUCCUAUCUGCCCCGAGAGCACUAUUAUGAACAUGCUGUGCAGAGUUGGCCAAGUACGCAGGUGUGCAGCCAGCCUCAGCCUAAAUAUAAGGCAGGUAGCUGCAUCGCGGCAGAAGCACACGCUCCCUGACCUGACCUACGACUAUGGUGCCCUGGAGCCCCACAUCAAUGCAGAGAUAAUGCAGCUGCACCACAGCAAGCAUCAUGCCACAUAUGUCAACAACCUCAACGUUACGGAGGAGAAGUAUCAGGAGGCACUAGCAAAGGGGGAUGUGACCGCUCAGAUUGCCCUCCAGCCUGCUCUGAAGUUUAAUGGAGGAGGCCACAUAAAUCACACUAUUUUCUGGACGAACCUCACCCCAAAUGGUGGAGACGAGCCACAGGGGGAGCUGAUGGAGGCCAUUAAGAGGGACUUUGGCUCCCUCCAGAAGAUGAAGGAGAAGAUGUCUGCUGCUACGGUGGCAGUGCAGGGCUCCGGCUGGGGCUGGCUGGGCUACGAGAAGGAGAGUGGAAGACUUCGUAUCGCUGCUUGUCCUAACCAGGACCCCCUGCACGGAACUACAGGUCUCAUCCCCCUCCUUGGUAUCGACGUAUGGGAGCACGCCUACUACCUUCAGUACAAAAAUGUGCGGCCGGACUAUGUCAAGGCUAUCUGGAACGUCAUCAACUGGGAGAAUGUGAGCGAGCGUCUCCAGACUGCCAAAAAGUAGAACCUGAUCUUCAAAUAGUCCCUUUCAUCCUGACCUGGAGCUGGGUUAAAUAGUAGUUGCAAAUAAUGAUCAGUUUUAUGUUUCAUUAAGUGAUGGUGUUUUCUGUAUUCAGAUUUACGACUGUUUGGCCGUUCAUAUGAUCAGCUACAUUAAAGUUGAUUAAAUGAACUUUAAAUGAUUUCCAACGUUGUUCCAGAUAAUGUUGCCUUCAUGGCAAACUUAAAGCCCUGAACAAACACAGUCCAAAGCUUACUUUAUAAAAUGAUUUGGCAAUCGCUUUUUAGCUCAGGUCUGCUCCCGACUACUACUUUUUUCAAGCGCACAAAUUAGCCACCUUUCACAUCAAGGCUGGCUAUCGUUAAUCUCACUCAAAUAUUGGCUGCCAUUAAUGUGAAUUAGCUGUCAGAAAACCAGAGUGCAUAUUCAGUGAGUUUUGUCAGAAUGAAUCACUCUAAAAUCAGACUAUGUUAUUGCAGUCCAUGUUGUUGAUGUAUUAUUAUAAUAAAUAUAUAUUUCAAUUGUACAA